ACUUUAUUCUACUAAAUGUAUCAGCUAUCAAUAGUUCUUUACCAGUUUACAGGUUAUGGUCCGCGCGUUUCUUAUCACAAACGUUGUAAACCGCGUGGAAUCGUGAAACGAGCAAUCGUGGAUAUUUUCCUCCAUGACACUUUUCUCCACGACUCGACCGUCUCCCACCACCAGACUAAAGAUUUUGCCGGAAUACAUCAACAUUCAACACUCCUUCUCUUCCGUCGUGUUCUUACAGCUAAAAUGGCUCCCAAACACGGAUUGUUCAACAAGCGCAUUUACAUCGAUGCCAAAGACCAUCUACUUGGAAAGUUGGCAUCAUAUGUUUCUAAAGCUAUCCUGGAAGGAAACAAAGUUGUCGUAUUCAAUUGCGACAAAAUUAACAUUGCUGGUAGCUUUUACAGAAACAAGAUUAAGUACUUAUCUUUCUUACGCAAGAGAUGUAAUGUAAACCCUGCUCGUGGACCAUUCCAUCAUCGUGCCCCCAGAUGUAUAUUCAGAAGAACUGUCCGUGGUAUGAUCCCUCACAAAACUACUCGUGGCCAACAAGCUUUAAGGCGUAUGAAGGCAUACGAAGAUAUCCCAGCACGUUACACAUCUCAAAAAACAAUGGUUGUACCUUUGGCUAUGAGAAUGUUGAGUCUACAACGUGGACGUAAAUACUGUGAUGUUGGUCGUCUGUCUCAUGAAGUUGGAUGGAAAUACCAACAUGUUGUCAAGGACUACGAAGCACGCCGUUUAGAACGUGAAGCUAAACGUGCUCAACGUUUGAAGAUCAGACAUAAAUUGACCAGAGAAGCAAACAAGAAGGUAAAGAAGGUAAUUGAACCAUACAAUCAAGUCUUGAGGGAAAGUGGUUACUAUGUACCGGCAUUAGUAUGAGAUGGUUUUUUGUAACAUUAAAAAAUAAAUAAAUAUGAAAUGUUCAUAAUUA